AGUGUAAUAAUAGUCUGUCUGCGACUUCACCGAAAGUGGUUCUAUCUUUAUCCGCUUUACUUGUACAGUAAUUUUUGUUUUAUUUUGCAUAAAUCAAAAGUGUAAUAGUAAACUGUCGGCCACUUCACCGAAAGUGGUUCUAUCUUUAUCCGCUUUACCUAAAUUCUUGUGAAAGCCCAACUGUCUGGCCCUACCUCAUGACAAGUAAGGCUCACCGGAUGUGCUAAUGUUAAGGAUACAUGGGCACGAUCUCAGAUACUCUAAAUUAAGUAGUAGGCUAAUAUGAGCUUCUUUUCAUUUCUUGUACCACCUCUAUAUGUAUCAUCAAAGUAAACGGUUUUGAGAAUGCGAGUAAAUACUAAAUAGUCCCUCAAAAGCAGAAGAGAUCGCUAGCUUGUUGCUAUCUUGUUCCAGGAAUCUGCAGUCAUUAGAUACUGAUAACUCGCUGUCAUCAACAAACAGUUCAGCUGGGCAAGAUCAGAUUGUCUCGGUUGUUCCAGCUGCAAUUUGUAGAAGUCACCCUAAAAAGAUAAGAUUGACUAAUCUUGUCUUUUUGGUGUGGGCAUUCUUUUUCUGUUUAUUUCUCUUUACAAGUUUUCUCCUCCUGGAUAUUUUUUUUUUCAUUUCUUGUAUUGUAGGUACAAUUAUAGGUACUCCACAAAAAAAAAAAAAACAAAAACAAAAAAAAAAAAAAAAAACAAAAAAAAAAAAAAACAGGAGAAAAGAGAAAUAUGGAUCUUUGUUUAUCAAUCUCUUCAACAUUAUCAGAAAUCAUAGUGGCACCAGUUUGGAGGCAUCUGAGUUAUGCAAUCUACUACAGAAGGAGCAUUAGACAUCUUACAAGUCAAGUGGAGACUUUGAGUGAUAGAAGAAGCACUAUUCAAGAGCAAGUUGAUGCAGCAGAAAGAAACUUAGAGAGAAUACCUCCGGAUGUUCAAAGAUGGCUGGAGGAUGUGGGGAAAAAAAUUGAAGAAAAGGAGACGUAUUUUACGGAAGAAAGAGUAUCAAAUGCCUGGUGCUUCAAUGGGUGGUGUCCAAAUUUGAAGUCACGUUAUUACUUGGGUAGAAAAGCCAAGAGGAUGUCUCUGGUGGUCAAUGAUUUCCUUCAAUGUGGGAACUUCCAAACUGUAUCCCUUCCUGCUCUUCCUCCAGGGAGAACAUCUGUAGCUACACAUUACUCUGAGGCUUCAAUUCAAGCAGCGAGUACGAUCCAGGAAGCUGGCACCUCCUCUGUCACGCCACAAUCUGCUUCUGCUUACACUACAGCUGGCACCUCCUCGGAAGCGCCAAAAUCUGCUUCUGCUUACACUGCUUUUGAGUCACGAGCUUCACUUAUUGAAGCGGUCAUGCAUGCUUUGAAGGAUGAUCGGACCAAUCCAAUUGUUAUAUGGGGGAUGGGCGGUAUUGGCAAGACGACCUUGCUGAAAGAAGUUUUUAAGAGGGCAAAAGGUGAAGGUAUUUUUAACGAAGUUGCGAUGGCGGGUGUUGGACGAAAUCCUGAAUUCAAGAAGAUUCAAGGUGAUAUUGCUGAAUUUCUGGGUUUGACACUUUCUGGAUAUAAUUUGUCUGCAAGAGCAUUUAAGUUAUCUGAAAGACUAGAUUGUGACAAGAAGGUCCUUGUGAUAUUAGAUGAUGUUUGGGAAAGAAUUGAUUUUGAGGAAGUAGGAAUUCCACCGUUCGGGAAUUGUAAAAUUUUGAUAUCAUCCAGGAAUCAAGACAUAUACAUGGAGAUGGAAACCAAGAUGAACUUCUUUGUUGGGCUUUUGCAACCGCAUGAAGCUUGGAGUCUGUUUAAGGAGAUGGCAGGAAGUUCCAUUGAAUCACCUGAGUUGCGCACUACAGCAGAGCAAAUUCUAAGUGAAUGUGACCGUUUGCCACUAGCAAUCUCAACAGUCGGAAGGGCACUGCACGGAAAAAGUAAACCAACUUGGAACGAUGCGCUUAGACAACUAAGAAGAAACAGCCCACAAAGCAUUCCAGAAGUGUUGCCAAGGGUUUAUUCAAGACUAGAGUUUAGUUAUGACUGUAUGGAAAAAAAAGAUGCAAAAUCACUUUUUUUGUUUUGCUGUCUGUAUCCAGAAGGGAGUGACAUAAGGGUAGAAGAUUUGGUUAGACAUGGAGUUGGGCUUCAACUAUAUGAAGGGAUUACAUCAAUGGAAGAAGGAAGGGAUCACGUUGGAGCGUUGAUUGAGGAGCUAAAGAACCGCUCUUUGUUGUUAGAUAGCAACAAAAAAGAAUGUGUCAAAAUGCAUGAUGUGGUACGUGAUGUUGCCUUACAUAUAGCUUGUCUUCGUUUCCAGCAAAAUGAUUCUUCUCGCAAUGAAAAUCGGUUUUUUGUAAGACAUGGAGUGGAACUAAAUGGAUGGCGAAGCGUGGAUGGAACUGGUGCACAACAAUACACUUGCAGUGCGCUGAUAACCAAGGGAACACAUGGAGAUGUUGCUGAGCUCUUAUUGUUAUCAAAAGGUGGAGGUACUUUUAACGAAGCUGCUCUAGAAGGAAUGGAAAAGCUCAAGGUUUUAGAGAUUAAGAACGCAAGUUUCUUGUCAAAAGGUGGAGGUACUUUUAACGAACCGCUUAAGGUUUUGGAAAGUCUUCAAACACUGUGUCUGGAGCAUGGCGUGUUGGGUGAUGUAUCAAUUAUUGGAGAGCUUCGAACGCUAAUGAUACUCAGCUUACGUGGCUCUUAUAUCAACCAGUUACCAGUUAGCUUCAGAAAUUUGGCCAAUCUAUGGUUGCUAGAUUCCACUGGAUGCAUAAGUGAAAAACAAAUUUCGUCAGGUGUCAUUUCAAGUUUACGCAACUUACAAGAAUUAUACACACUUCGGCAGGUGUGUUUUGGAUUUGUCACUGGACUUGAGGACUGUUUCAUGCCAACUGAGGUUGUCCCAGAAUUACUCUCCCUCUGUCACUUGACUACUUUAGAAGUUCAUCUACCGAAAAUCAGUUUUGAGUCUCUGCAAAGUAGUUCAUCUACCGAAGUUCAUCUAUUUGAUAGGCUGGAAAGAUUUAAGAUUUGUAUUGGGCACAGGCAGAGGCAGGCGAAGUCUUCCUACAAGCAACUGGAUUUUGAGCCCCUGGACGUGGAUCGUCAGCAGGACGUGGAUCCUCAGCUGGACGUGGAUUCUAGUCACAAUAUCUUGAGGUUAAUUGAUUUUGAUGGAAAUUCUCUUGCGGGGAGUUGCAUUGUUAGGCUUCUGAAGAAAACUGAAACUCUAGAGUUGCAAAUGAAUGAGUUGACGACGGAGGCUCUCAAUGUCUUGGAUGGAGAAUGCUUUUCGAAAUUGAAAUCUCUAUUACUCAUUGGCUGUAAUGCUCUAGAAUACGUCAUUGACACGACAUCCACAGUUCAAUGCCAUACCUUCCCUGUGUUGGAUUCUCUGACUAUUUUCGGGGCAAAAAGGAUGAGAAAGCUUUGUAACGGCGAGAGUGCGGGGUUGUUCAAAGAACUAAGAUGUGUCAAAGUAAGUUCAUGUGCAAGUUUGACUUCUCUCUUUCCAUUUUCUGUAGCUAGGGGCUUGCCUGAGCUUGAAGAGCUGGAUAUAGAACGUUGUCCAAUGCUGGAAGAAAUAAUAGAGCUUGGAGAAGGAGAUCAGCAUGCAGAAAAAAAAGUCCCCGAGAUGACGCUCCCAAAUUUGAUACAUCUCAAUCUUGUAAAUUUACUAAACUUGGUAUGUAUCAGCAGAAAUGUACCAGUGAUCUCUUUUCCUCUUCUGGUAUCCGUGAAGCUUCAGAACCUACCAGAGUUCGUCAGUCUAUGUCCGAGCGUUUCAGCUUUAGCAAGUAGUAGCUCGAGUGCCACAACUAAGCCCUUAUUUGACAUCCAGGAUGAGUCAUUUCUUCAGCUACGAUUUGUGGAGGUGAUCUACUGUACAACAAUCUCGAGUAUCUUUUCAUCUAGUUUGAUGCCCAAUUUGCAGAAUUUAGAACAUCUCAAAGUAGAACAUUGUCGCUCACUGGGAACAUUAUUCAACGUUGAAGAUAUUGCCAUGGAAGCAGAGCGUGAUUCUACAAUGCUUUCUUGCUUAGAAAAAAUGGAGCUGAUUGGUCUACCUAUGUCGGAAUCCAUCUGGAAGACAGAGUGGGAAAUAACAACAUUUAAAAAUUUAGAGUUGCUCCGUAUUAAAGAUUGUGAUACAUUGAGAUCAGUGUUCCCACUCCGCAUGCUUAUGCAAAGAUUGCAGCAUCUGAAGCAUUUCAAUGUGGAAAACUGUCGAUCACUUGUGACAUUAUUCAACUUCGAAGAUAUUGCUAUGGAAGCAGAGCUUGAUUCUACAAUUCUUUCUUGCUUAGAAAAAAUGGAGCUGAUUGGUCUACCUAUGUUGGAAUCCAUCUGGAAGACGUCGAAAAUAACAACAUUUAUGAAUUUAGAGUUUCUCCAUAUUAAAGAAUGUGAUAAAUUGAGCUCAGUGUUCCCACUCCGCAUGCUUAUGCAAAGUUUGCAGCAUCUGAAGCAUUUGAAAGUGGAAAACUGUCGAUCACUUGUCACAUUAUUUGACUUCAAAGAUCUUGCUAGGGAAGCAGAGCUUGAUUCUACAAUGCUUUCUUGCUUAGAAAAAAUGGAGCUGAUUGGUCUACCUAUGUUGGAAUCCAUCUGGAAGACGUCGAAAAUAACAACGUUUAUGAAUUUAGAGUUUCUCCAUAUUAAAGAAUGUGAUAAAUUGAGCUCAGUGUUCCCACUCCGCAUGCUUAUGCAAAGUUUGAAGCAUCUGAAGCAUUUCAAUGUGGAAAACUGUCGAUCACUUGUCACAUUAUUCGACUUCAAAGAUCUUGCUAGGAAAGCAGAGCUUGAUUCUACAAUGCUUUCUUGCUUAGAAAAAAUGGAGCUGAUUGGUCUACCUAUGUUAGAAUCCAUCUGGAAGACAGAGUCGAAAAUAAUAGCAUUUCAAAAUUUAGUAUUUCUUCAAAUUCAAUCUUGUGGAAUUUUGAAAUGCGUGUUCCCACUGUACAUUGCUGAAAGGCUAGUAAAUCUAGAAGAGUUUCUGAUAAGUUUUUGUGGGUCGAUGGAAGAAAUCAUUUGCAGAAACGAAGGCAAUGGAGUUGAUGAAGUUGAAACGCGGAACGGAGAAUUGUUUUCUCAAUUAAAGGUUCUGACACUUAAAUACUUAAAUGGUCUUACAAGGUUUUGUGGUGCUACGUCUACUAUUGAGUUGCCAUUAUUGACAGAGUUGCAAAUGAUCACCGUCCCGACUCUCAAGACAUUUGUUGCAAAUCAGUCGUAUAAUACCACGGAAUCUCAGUUUCGAUCGCACAUUUUCAAUGAAAUGGUUCAUACUCCAAAGUUAGAAAAACUAGUACUCCAUGAAAUGUUUGACUUGGAAGAGAUAUGGAGCACAGAAAGCAUGCAAACAAGCAACAAAGAUGGCAGAGCAAGUCCAAGAUUUCAUAAUCUAAUUACAAUAGAGGUUUACCGUUGUGACAGUUUGGAAUUUCUACUCCCGUAUUCCAUUGCCAAGGGUCUCAUCAAUCUCAAACAUCUAAAGGUAUAUGGUUGCGAGUCGAUGGAACAAAUAAUCUACGAAACACCAACUGAGGUAGAAGAAACUGGGGACAAGAGCAUUCUCCCGCAGUUAGUUGAUUUGGUGCUUUCUUUCCUACCAGAGUUGACGAGCUUUUGUCUGGGAAAAUACAAUUUUGACUGGCCGAAUAUGAUAAAAGUUCUUUUUCGAGGUUGCCCCAAAAUGGAGGCUUUCUGUUUUGGAUUGGUUCAUACACCAAAGCUGGAAAGGGUGUAUUUAGAUGAUAAUGUAGAUGGUAAUAGUAGUAGACAUAUUUGGAAGGGAGACCUUAAGAGCACCAUACAGUACCUUUCAAGAUGAGAGUGAACUAGAUGCAACUGUCUGGAAACUUCGGCCAAGCUGUUUGCGGUCAUCAGAUUCUGGAGGUUUGAAGACAGAAACUCAGAUUUCCUAGCAAAGGUUGAUCAAAAUAGCCCGUGGUGAAAUUCUCCUGUUGUUCGUUACUCUCUUGACGCGGAAAUGCUGUCAAGGCCUGAAUUUCCAGAGUAGUUAGACUGACUAACAUGUUUGUUUUGCUCGGAGGGUUAUGUUUGGAGCCGGAGACAAGUUGAGUGAAGAAUGCUGAGAUUUGUGGACAUGGUCGGUAUUGGUUGGUUGGUUGACUUCUAAACAGAUUUCCUCGUUUUUCUGCUCAAACAGGACUUAGAACUAGAAGUUUCAAGCGGUUGAAGAUAAGUGGUUGUAGUGGUUGUUUUUUGUUGUUCUGUGUGGAGAGUUGUGCAUAGAGAAGUUCAGUGCAGGGAGGCCAAGAAAACUUAUUUCCUUUUGGGGUGUGAUUCUGUCUUUUUAAGCCUGGGAUUUUGUAAAAAAAAAAAACAAAAAAAAAAAAAAAAACAAAAAACAAAAACAAAAAACAAAAACAAAAACAAAAAAACAUGGGAUUUUCUUGCUUAGUUUCUGUUUUGGAAAUGAGAUAUUUGUCUGUUAAACACUCUUAAAUUCUUCGUUUGUAGUGGAUUUCCUUCUUGGCCUCCUGUGGAUGUAGGUCAAU